AUGGCACCACAUGUCCUGGGAUCGGCCGUCGCUUCCGCUGGGGCAGGCCAACACACGUCUCCGGCGCUUUGGAAAGCUUACGGUGCCCGAGCUUUGGAGUUGCGCAAGCGACUGACUCCACGGGAUGUUCGUCGCAUCUUGCAGGGCCAUGCCGCUGCUGGGAUCCAGGAUGUGGCCCUCUUCCAAGAUUUGCUGCAAGCUUCAUUGCCAGAUCGCAAUGCCUCAGAAAAAGACCUUUGUUCCAUGGCGAUUUCGCUGGCCAAGCUGAGGUGUGGCACCGAAAGCUUGGAUCCGAUUGCAAAGGAAUUGGACGAGCGAAGCGACAGCCGACUUGGUGAUUUGACCAGCACCGACGUGAGCAGUUUGGCGAAUGCGCUUUCCAGGGUCUCCGCCUCCUCCAACCAAGCUGGUCUCCUGCAGAAGUUGGCAGACCGCCUGUGUGCAGACGCAUCAUCCACUCUCCUUCCGCCGGUUUCGACGACGAUGGCUCUCAAUGCCUUUGCUGUGGUGAAGCACUGUGAUUCGCAGCUCUUCAACAUCCUUGUAAGCAACUCCAUAAGGCCCUGUAUCUCAGACUUCACCGUGACUCAAGCGGCCCUUGCGGUUGAUGCGCUGGCCCGCUGUUGCCCGGUGACUGAGGACCUGGCGACGGAGGCCUUUCGAUGCUUUGUUCAGCACUGGCUCUCGCAAGGGCUUUUGGAUGAAGCAGAACCGGAGGACUUGGCGCACCUCGCGAAUUCUGCGGUGAAGCUGAAGAUCUUGGAGGAGGAGGAGCUGAACCAGGUUUUAGCAGCUGCGGGUCUUCGAAAUCUUAGCCGGUUCUCAACACCGCAAUUGGCGAUGUUCUCCAGCAGUCUGGCACGGUUACCGAGCACUGGCCGUGAGGCGUUCAUGAGUGUGGUGGCGUUGCGGAUUCUCCCACAAGCUUUGCGAAGUUGCUGCUUUGUAGAUCUGGGCUUGAUCUUGCAGGCGAUGGCAACGUGUGACAUCACCCUUACUAGGGAUGUGGCUACUCUUUGUCAGAAAAGGCUCUCAGAAGUUGCAAAGGAAGAGCUUGCAGAUUUGGCAGCCAACAAGCAAGCCAGAGAUGCUUCAUAUGAAGCAAAACUCAACAGCGCUGCAGCUGCUCUGGAGCGGAUUUCAGAAGCAUCCUUGAAGGUGUUUCUCAUCGAUUUCGAAGGUCUGCCAGGGUUGCUGGCUGCACUUCGGCCCCUGUGUUUGGAACUCUUUGCCCAAAAGGCACUCCGUUUGAGAACCGCCGCGGCCUUGCUCUCCAUGCACGCCCAGCUGCGUUUGCGUCUGGACUCCGACCUCUCCGCCGCGCUCGACGCGGCCGCUUCGGUGUCCACCGGGGCGGGGUCCACCGGCGACAGCUCCGGCCGCGGCGUCGCUUCUCCGGUCUUGGCGGGACGACUCUUGCGGGGCAUGGCACCAGUGGGACAUCCGGUGAAGUCGCUGAUGCUCAUCAUCGACCAGAGCUUCACCUCAUCCCGUGGCUGGCAACGGACCUUGCCGGCCCUAGCGGCAGACCUCUUUGCUGCAGCUUUGCUAGACUUUGCCCACCUUUCCGAGAGCACGGUGAACUCCUUGCUUCAAGCAGCGAAAGUUCACUGUGAAAGCUUGGUUGCUUCCUCGAAUGCAUCGAUGGAUUCCACUCUUCAACUGAAGUGUGCCAGUGAAAUCUCAGCUGCGAGCCAUGCUUGGCUUCGACACGAGGUGCAGAAUCCUGGCGAUGCCAUGUGGUUGGCAGACUGGGCUGAGGAGGUCUUCUCUGCUGCCAAUGGGCCACAGCAUGACUUGGUGCCACCAGUAGACCGAGGACUCUUGCGAUCAGUCUUUGCUUCCAUGGAACCCUCUGAGGUCGAGCUCUUGGCCGCGUGGCCAGUGCAAGGCUUUCGAGCUGACCUCGUUGUGCGUUUCCAAUCGCAGCUGGUAGCCAUCAAUGUGAAUGGCCCAGAACGCUUCUAUGCUGGCACUCAAGAGCCUUUAGCAUCCUGCGGCCUGCGCACCGCUGCAUUGGCUGCGUCAGGGGCAAAGGUGUGUGAGGUGAACUUCUGGGAGUGGCCCACGGAGCCCGCGGAGCAGCGUCGCUGGAUGACGCAACGCUUGGACGAAAAGGGACGAGUCAACGAAUCGGAAGCAGUGAUUGGUACCCCGGUGAACAGCCCUUGUUCCAGUGUGGACUUCUUCGAUGCGCGUGCCGAGUUCGAGAAGAAGUCGUUUGAAGCUGAAAUGGCCCAAGCAAUGGCACAAUCCAGGCUCGAGGAGGAACAACGGCAGAACGAAGAAGGUGGCCCACCCAUCAUAAUCCUCGGUGGUGGACAGCCCGAACCUCCCUCCACCUUCAACGGCUUCCAUGAAGAAGAUCGGUGCUACCGAGCGUGGAACCGUGUGCACCACGCACGGUUGAUGUGCUUCAUUGGAUCAGAUGGCCAGCACUACUUUGAGACGAAUGUCACAAGAAUGCAACAUAUCGUUGGUCAUUGUAUUCAAUGCGGUCAGAACUACAUCAUUUGGCACAAUGGACAGUGGUGGAAGGUCUUUCAAGUCUUCCUUGAAGACAACUCAAGAUGUUUCCACCAUGUGUCGGAUAGCUGCACCCGUGGCUCCAACUGCAACCAACCACAUGGCCGCUCUGGCCAUGAAAGUUCCGAGUCCCUGCAGAACGAGCUGGCGCAGGUGUUGAUGUGCUUUCUCCGAGAAGCGCCACCGGUUCGACGCCCUCGGGCACUUGAUGUCGAGUUCAUCUACGUCUACGUUGGAAUGCCGCCGGCCAGCAUGAAUGAUCAAGUGUCCGAGGUGAAUGGUCAGCCAGCAGCCGCUCACGUGCCGGAAGCCACUUUGGCGGCUCACGAGGAGGAUGAAAAUGCGGAUAUUGAUGGAGUGCCAGAAGCUUCCGGGGCACCAGUUUCUGGGUCUGAGGAAGGUGCCAAGCCAGUGAAUGACCCUGACGUCAGCGAGAAUGAGAGAUUGGCAACUGAGUGA